AUGGAAAGAGCUAUUACAAGAAAGACCAAACAUCACAUUGCCGUCGAAAGUGUUUUCGCGAAACAAAGGCGAAAAACAUCUGCACAUUCUCGAGUGACGACAGCAUUAAAGAAUGUGACAAAGGAAAUAAUUCCAUUUCUGUUGACCUUCAAGUGGAAGGCAACUAAAGAGAAAAAAAAACGGGAAACUUUUAGAAAAUCAAAAGAAGCAACAAAGAAAAAAUAA